UUAUUCAUAGUACUCGUAGCGGGGCAACACUUUUUUAAAAUUGGUGCUGGGGCAACACUGCACCUACUAAAGCGAAUUUCGCGGGUAUGCGAAAGAAUUUUGUUUCAAAAUGACAGAGAUUGAGGAUGAGGUAAACGUGCCAGUGCCCACAACAGCUCCAUCAAGCCAAAUCAAGGCCAUCGCAAAGGACACAGUGCACAAAAUAUGCUCUGGUCAAGUUGUUCUUAGCCUAGCAGUGGCCGUUAAGGAGCUGGUAGAGAAUGCCAUCGAUGCGGGCGCCACCUUAGUCGAGGUAAAACUGCGGGAUCAGGGACUAGAGGGCUUCGAGGUUAGCGACAAUGGCAGCGGCGUAGCCGAGAGCAAUCUGGAGGGCAUGACCGCAAAAUACCAUACUUCUAAAAUACGGGAGUUCGAUGACUUGCUUGGCGUGGAGACGUUUGGAUUUCGUGGUGAGGCUUUAUCUUCGCUUUGUGCCUUAUCCGAUAUGGCCAUACAAACGCGCCACAGCUCAGCCGACGUAGCCAUAAGAGUGGAGCUCGACCAUGAGGGCAUGAUUAAGAAACGUGCGCCAUGCGCCCGCGGUGUUGGAACUACAGUGACUCUGUCAAACCUUUUCGCGACGCUGCCGGUACGACGACGGGAUUUUAGUCGCAACAUCAAGAAAGAAUUCACCAAAAUGUGCCACAUUCUUCAGGCAUACUGCAUGGUCUCCAAGGGUGUGCGCAUUAUUUGUAGCAAUCAAUCAACUAAAGGCGUCAAAACUGUGGUGCUGCAGACGCACGGGUCUCAAGAUGUGUUGGCCAACAUAUCCGCGGUAUUUGGUACGCGUCAAGUGGCGGACAUUGUGCCACUUAAAUCGCCUUUGGAAGGUGGCCAACUUAGUGAGGAGUCCUUGCGCGCUGAGCUGCAAUCUGACAAUGCGGCUGACAGCACGCAGUUUAGCUCUGAAGAUGUAGAACGUCUCAAUCAAGAUGACUUCCAGCUUGAAGGGUAUAUAUCCAGUUGCCGACAUGGUGCUGGUAGAUCUUCCAAAGAUCGUCAGUUCUAUUACGUCAACUCAAGGCCCUGUGACUUAAAGAAUGUAUCCAAAGUUCUGAAUGAUGUCUACCAUCGGUUUAAUGGUCAGCAGCAGCCAUUUGUGUAUCUGAACAUUUUAACAGCUCGCAAGGAUGUCGACGUGAACCUAACGCCGGAUAAACGUCAGUUGCUUCUAAAUAAUGAGAAAAUCCUGCUGCUGGCACUGAAGAAGGCUCUACUCAACACAUUUGGCAACACUCCGUCUACAUUCACAUUACAAAACUCAACGAUUGUUAGCAUGUUGGACAUCAAGCCUAAGGACGCUUCAUUAGCUGUUGCUCCAACAAAAACUGAGAUGGAAAACGGUGCAAAUUCUUUAAGUGAGGAUAGCGACGUACCCGUGUCCUCAUCCCAGCGUUUCAUGGAUGUUCUCACCCAAUGGCGUCGUACGGGUGACACUAAAGGAGUCGCGCCGCCAGUGUCUGUAAAGCGACGCUGCAACGACGAACUCGCUGCACGUACCUUAAAGAUUCAAAAAAUUCAGGCAUUUCUAUCGCAAGAAGAGCCAUCAAAAGAGCUUAGCUACCAAUCUGACGGCUCAUCAGAUAUGGACACAGCAUCCGCGCCAGCAAAAAAAGAACAGAGUCCAAAUAAAAGCAUACCAAAUGUUGUGGAGCUCAAAACGGGUUCGUUGGCCUAUGACGAAUUGACACAGAAGGCCACACCAAUUAAGGUGGAAGCUACUCGCAUUGAUUGCAAGGUCAGCACGCCAGCUAAACCACUCCUUAGUUUUAUAGAAAAGAAACCCAAAGAAGAAGCGGAACAGACUACCUUGGGCUUGCGCCAGGAGUCGGUAUUGCCUACCACUCAGGACGAUUCUAGCGAAGGCGAAAUAGAAUUGGCAACGCGCAUUGAAUUCGACGAUCCUCAGGCAGAUGAUCAACACUCCACCUAUACAUGUGGCGAACUUCGAACCACAAUAGAAGAAAUCGCACUCAAGUUAAAGGCCGAGGAGCGUCAGAUAGGCGAACAAAAGCAACGAGCCAAGCUGGAGCGCUUAAGAUUUAAAAGCGAUAUAAAUCCUAACCAAAAUCAGAAAGCUGAGGCUGAAUUGCAAAAGGAAAUUGGCAAAGAAGACUUCAAUCGGAUGGACAUUAUAGGACAGUUUAAUUUAGGGUUCAUCAUAGUUAAGCUAGACGAUGACUUGUUUAUUGUAGACCAACAUGCCACAGAUGAGAAAUAUAAUUUUGAGACACUUCAACAGACUACAGAACUUCAAUACCAGCGUCUAACAGUGCCUCAAACACUCGAGCUGACGACUGUGAACGAAAUGGUGCUUCUCGAUCAUCUAUCAGUGUUCGAAAAGAAUGGAUUCAAAUUUGAGAUUAAUCCAGAUGCACCAAGCACCAAGAAAGUUCGAUUAUUGGGUAAGCCUUACAGCAAAAAUUGGGAGUUCGGCAAGGAGGACAUCGAUGAGUUAAUUUUUAUGUUACAAGACGCACCAGAAGGCACCGUCUGUCGACCUUCCCGGGUACGCGCCAUGUUCGCAUCGCGAGCCUGUCGUAAAUCUGUAAUGAUAGGCAAGCCAUUGAACAAAGCAACAAUGCGAACACUUAUUAACCAUAUGGGAGAAAUCGAACAGCCAUGGAACUGCCCGCACGGAAGACCCACCAUGCGUCAUCUAAUCAAUAUCACGAUGCUUAUGGAUGCGGACGAGGAUGCCGACUGAAAAAGCUCGUGCAAUAAAGAGAAGCUACAAUAAAACGAGCGCUGCAGAUUUA